CACCCCUCAUCAAACAACGCGUUUAUCUUCCAUCAAAUCCCAUUCCCAGCAAUUUCCUCACCCCCCACUGUUCUUCUCUUCUGCUCUUUCUCUGUUCCAUUAAAGACCCCAAGAAAGCUAAGCAAAGAUGUUGAUUAGCACAGUGUUCUUAGCACUUCUCUUCGCCCUUGGUUUCAUCAUCACCACUUUCUUCAAUUUCCCCACCAAGAUGUUCCUUUCAUGGGUUCACUCCAUCUCCGCCAAACCCGCCUCUCCAAAACCCCCAGCACCGACAAAUAAAUCCAUGGCGGGAGAUAAGAAGGUGGAGAGGAGUGGGAGCAAUAAUAAGAAUCAGAACAAGGUGGAAUUGAAGAGUGUUUUCGCGACUUUUGAUAAGAACAAUGAUGGGUUCAUAACGAAGCAGGAGCUGAAGGAGUCGCUGAGGAACAUUGGGAUAGUGAUGGAGGAUAGUGAGAUUGCUGAGAUGGUGGCGAAGGUGGAUGAGAAUAAUGAUGGGCUUGUGGAUCUUGAUGAGUUCUGUGAGCUCUGCAAUUCGUUCUUGGGCGUGGAAAUGGCGGCUGGUGAUGAAGAAGGAGAGAAUCUUGAUGAUGAUCUUAGAGAGGCGUUUGAUGUGUUUGAUGGGGAUAAAGAUGGGCUGAUUAGUGAAGAGGAGCUGAGUAGGGUUCUUUCAUGCCUGGGGUUGAACCAAGGGAAGAGAUUAGAGGCCUGCAAGGAGAUGAUUAGAAGUGUGGAUGUUGAUGGAGAUGGAAUGGUCAACUUUGAUGAGUUCAAGAGGAUGAUGAGAGGUGGUUCUAUUCCUGCAACCCUAAUUCCCGUCGCCUAAGAAGGUAAAUCGCAAGUCGCCCAAUCAGACUCAAUGGCCAAUUUUUCAUUAAUAAUACUAUAUGUUUCCUCGUAUUAACUCAAAAACAUUACACCAAAAGUAAUGUUUUGUUGCCAUCUCUGAUCAGAUCAAAUCACGCUAAUUUCCACUUAGACUUGUCCACAGAAGGCGAAAUUCCGUUUAGGUUGUACAGAGCAUACAUAUUUAAUUUGCAUCAACUAUGUAGUUAUAUGUUUAUUGUUGGUUUUGAUCCUGAGAAUGGAUCUAGUUUAGCUUAGCUUUUUGUUAUUUCUUUUGUUUUAGAUACGUUUUCUGGAUCACCUAUUUAGGGGCAAUACAAGUUUGGAAUCCAAUUAUGUUCUUUUUUUUUUUUCGUUGGUUGAUUAGAGAUGCAAAUGUAGGUUAAGUUGUGACUUUCUGUAAGGGUUACGUUCAACGUUUCAUCAAAGUAAAGUUGGGCCAUGUUUGGGUACUUUUCCUA